AUGGAAGUUGAAAAAGUCGGAGCCGUCACAGUCGAGGUCGAAAAAGUCCUUGAGCCGCAGUUUGAUCUGAAAGACCUGCUUAUUUUCGAUACAAACGAGUUGACGGGCAAAUCCAACGAGUACCUCAAAGACCUUGCCCGCGACAACGCUCAAUUGCUCAUCAACCAGAUUUUCAAGGGCGAUGGGCUUGAAACUGAAGUUGUGAACGACUCGAUCGUAACAGAACUGCCAGAUAAAAAGUACGAUGAUGUGUUCAUCCAACCACGUGAGAAACCAGUGCCGAAGAAGGCCGCUCAGACGAAGUGGGAAGCUUAUGCGACGUUGAAAGGAAUCAACCCGAAGAAAAAGAAGUCGAGAAUGGUCUGGUGCGAAAUCACAAACUCCUGGAAACCGAGAUGGGGAUACAUGAGAGCUGAAAAAGCCUCGCAAUUGAACAAAAACGACGAGUCGAAAGACUGGAUCCGAGAAAUCAAGCCCCACGAGGACCCAAAUGUCGAUCCUUGGGAAAAAGAAAAGGCGGAAAAGAAAGAACGAGUCGCCAAAAACGAGCAUGCCCGGCUCAAAAACAUCGCGCGACAGAGAGGAAUGAACAACGCGAAAAAGCAGCAAGACAAGGACGAGCUCCGGGACUCGUUUAGGAAGGCAAAGUACAGUACGGCCAGUUUGGGCAAUUUCGACAAGGCAGUUGAAGGCGAAAAGAAGGAAAAAAUUGGAGGAAAGAAGAAGUACAACGCGCUCUUUUCCAAGGACGCCGAGGCGGAGCAGAAACAGAUCCUUGACCUGAUGUCAGCGAAAAACCCGAAAUUCAACAAAAACUCCGCCGCGGAUAAAGUACUUAAUUUGGAGAAGAGAAAAGCAGGAGGCAAGGUUCAGAAGCGCAACUUCAAAGCAGAUGGCAAAUCGAGAAAGGGAAAACCGACUGGAAACAAGGUGGCGAACCGAAGACAGCGAUAG